AUGCGUUCCGCCAAAGCUGUUGUCUCCGAGAAGCUAACUCGACACGGAAAACUAGCCCAAAAGAUGUCGUACGGUACUUCCGCAGGGGCUCAGCACACAUUGACAGGGUUGAAGCGGUGGUCGGUCGCUAAUAGGGAGCUUCCCGCUAUCUCGCAAGUUAAGGCCAUACAUGUUUAUGAUUUCGAUAAUACAUUAUUUCAAAGUCCCCUCCCCAACCCUCAAAUCUGGCAUGGAAGUACUAUUGGACACCUGCAAUCGGAAACACACUUCGCCAAUGGCGGUUGGUGGCAUGAUCCAAAUAUCCUUUCGGCUACGGGCCAGGGAAUGGAAAAGGAAGAACCACGCGCUUGGCAGGGAUGGUGGAAUGAAAAUAUCAUGCGACUGGUGAGACUCAGCAUGGAGCAAAAGGAUGCUGUGACGGUUCUCCUCACAGGCCGCAAUGAAGCAGGCUUUGCCGAUGUCGUCAAGCGCAUGGUGGCCAGCCAGAAGCUGGAGUUCGAUAUGAUUUGUCUUAAGCCCGAUGUUGGACCUAAUGGGCACCGGUUUCCCUCAACCGGCGUAUUCAAACACACAUUCCUCGAGGACCUGAUCUUCACUUAUGGCGAGGCCGAAGAAAUUCGGGUGUACGAGGACCGACCAAAGCAUGUCAAAGGAUUCCGUGAUUAUUUGGACAACAUGAACAGGUCACUGCAUGCAUCUGCCGAUACCCGGAAACCCAUUACGGCCGAGGUCAUCCAGGUAUCCGAGGAAUCAACCUACCUUGACCCAGUAACUGAAGUGUCCGAAGUGCAGCGCAUGAUCAAUUCGCACAAUGGUACCAUGCAGAACCCAUCUGUGGGGAAGUACAAGGGCUUUCAUCGAUACAUGCGUAUCAAGCGUACAGUCAUUUACACUGGAUAUUUAAUUUCUCAAGACGACUCCCAGCGCAUACUUGAAGAAGUUCUUGCCCCAAUUUUACCUAAUGGGCUUUCUGAAGACGUCAAGUUAAUGGCUAACAAUGUCCUGAUAACCCCCCGUCCGGCUCCAAAUUCGGUCUUGAAUCAAGUCGGUGGCCUUGGGAAGAAACUAAAAUGGCAGGUUACUGGAACGGCGGUCUCCGAAAAUAGGAUCUUCGCUGCCCGUGUCACACCAGUCCCGUCAACAGAGCAGAUCUACUCUGAGAACCCUGUGCCUCUGAUUGUUCUAGCCAUUCGUAAAGGAGCUCGUCCUGUUGAAGCGUCCAGAAUCACCAACUGGGAGCCUGCUACACCAAGUCAAACAUUAACAUUUGAUACUGUUGUUGGAGAGAAGGUAGUUCUGCGCGUUGAAGAUGAUGACAGGGCCGGUGGUCCUCCAUCUGCUCCUAAGAAUUUCAAGAAGCGUUACCAUCAAUAUUAUGAAGAUGAUGCCCCCAACCCCAAAAUCGCCGCCCAUGGUGGCAAUUAUGAGAACCAAGAUCACAGCUUUCACCCAUACCCACAGCGAUCUUCGGGGGAUUACCGGGGUCACAAUGAGGAGAACGGCAACCAACGUGGUGCUUACCGGGGUAGAGGACGUGGUCGGGGACGUGGGCAAUUCCGUGGCCGAGGUCGUGGUCGUGGUCGCGGAGGUCGUGAUCGAGAAGGUGGUUCAAAUCCUUACUACAAGUCACUGGAUGACUACGGCAAUAACCCGUAUGAAGGAUCGCAUGAGAACAAGGGAGGCCACGGUGGUGGUGGAUUUCAAAUGGAUUACUGA